UUGCGGUGUCUCUCCUCUCGGCGGCGCGAGCAGCAGUCGGGCAGCUACAUAGAGCCGAUCUGCUGCCGCGGGUCUCCGAUGAGCUGCACUAUCAUCUGAGGAGGAUCAUGGAAUAAACAUGGCGCACAACCGCAGCUUUCUCUUUGAAGCCCUGGAUAGAUCAGAGGCCAGACGAGAUGGAGGGUACAAGCACAACAACUGGAGCUUUUCUCUUUCUGGUGACAGUGAAGAGGAAAGGAUUCAUGAUUCGAGCGCGGUGAGCGUGGAGGAGAUGGACCGGCAGCAGCCGACCUCCCCGGAGGAGACCAAGUCUCCGUCUCUUCGACACUUCGCUUCCUCGGAUCCUUUGAGAACGUAUGAAAACCGGCCAAAUAAUCACACGAGGCCUCUGAACAAGCUGGCGCCCAAAAGGCUCAGCGAGGUCCCUCUCACCGUAGCAACGUCCUCCCCCAUCCCCAACAGAACCAACUAUUUCAUCAUCAGCCCGGCGCCUUCACAAGGAAUCGUUUUACAAGGGCGACACUUUCAGCACGCACAAAUGCCCUCUGCCAUAAGGAAACCAGUCCAAAGCAGCCUUGAUUUGAAAGAAAGAAACGACUUCUCCACCACGCAGCCGUCUGUAGAAGUGGACAGCAUCGUCCUCACCUGUCCAGAGAUCUCAGAGGAAGACUCGCUGGGCGUAAAGCGUCGCGUCCAGCAGAAGAGGAAACCGUUGGAGGACUGCCGCACUUUCCCUUCGCAGGUCAAAGCAGGCGAGCCUCUCCGGCCAACUGUCUACCACACGGUGUGCAUGAAGUGCAACAAGCCGAGCGAGGACGUCAGCAAGUGUCAGAACUGUGGGACCGCUGCGGCGCUGCUUCCCUGUCAGCAGGCCGCGCUGUCAUCCCCGAUCCCCCGGCCCCCCAUCCGAUCCCAGCCCUCCCCGGGACCAAACAGCCUUCAACAGAACUUCUACAAACCGGCUACGACCAUGAGGGGCCCCCGCGGGGAGACUCUGCCCAUACGAAUCUCGAGCACCAGGGGGACCCUGCUGCCUCUGAGCAACGGCAGGUCCCCGCUGUUAGCCGGGACGUCCAGCCACUGCGGAGCCAGGAACCCCUCCAAAGGGAAGAGGAUGACUGUGGCGCAGCGGCACGAGCUCAACGACCCCAUCGUCCUGUCCAGUGAUGACGAGGAGGAGGCCGACAACGCCAGCACAGGAAGCGUCAACAGACUGGACAGCGUCUCCCCUCGACCCGCGGACUCCGCUCACUCCUCACCGGCGCCCUCUGGAGGCCGAGUGGAGGCCGCGGUGAAGAGCGCCGGGGAGCAGGAGGAGCUGAACACGGAGUUCUUCGAAGACAUCAACAUGAAGAUCACGAUACCGCGGAGAGCCCGGAUGAAAGAUCAGUUUGGAAAUCAACCCCCCGAGCAGCUUUCACCGAGAGCAAAGAAGUCCAAAUUCACGUCCAACAAAUGUGACAGCAUCAUCCUGGAGUGUCGGAGCGUCAGGGUGGGGACUCUGCGCAGGAUGGUGAUGAAGCCCGUCGUGUUUUCCAUCGAGCAGAUCCAGCUGGAAACUGAAGGCCCGGAGCGCAACACCAUGGAGAAGGUUUGUUUUCAGGCGUCGGAGCUGAUCAGCUGCGAGUGGUGCAACGUCCGGAAACUUCCCGUCUUGUUCUUCCAGACGACUCCGGCGGAGUGCGUCCGCCUGCGCACGCAGCUCAACAUGUCGGAGGAGAAGGGAGCCGAUUGGUACGACUGUGCCGGCGACCAGUCAGAUGAGAAGUUUAUCGUAUUGAUCUUCGAGAACGGUCUGGCGAUGAAGGAGCAGGCGAUCCUGGAGGACAUCCUGGGCGAGAUCGGUCGGACCAACAACCUCAGCAACUUCCCCGCCAAGCUGCCCUUCGACGAGGCCAACAUCCGACUGGUGAACUACAACAAGGCGUCGAAAGAGAAGGAGGACAAGGAGAACCCGAUUCAAAGCCCUCACGGAGCGCAAGGCUCCCCGGGGACGACGGUGGCGCAGGUCACCCCGGUGAGCCCGGGCAGCCUGCCCGCACGCACUCGCAUGUCCACCCGGCAACACACCAGCUCCUUCUUUGAAGAUGAAGACGAGGACAUGACCGACCUCCAGCCCACCUUCUCCGGACCGAUCCUGAAAUUGAUGGUGUACCCUCCUCCUCCAGCCAAAGGUGGCAUCUCCGUCACUAAUGAAGACCUCCACUGCCUUCAUGACGGAGAAUUCCUAAACGAUGUUAUCAUAGACUUUUAUUUAAAAUAUUUAGUUUUAGAGAAAUUGAAAAAAGACGACGCUCAAAGAAUCCACGUGUUCAGCUCCUUCUUCUACAAGAGGCUGAACCAGAGGGAGCGGAGGAACGCUCCGGACACCACCAACCUGCCAAUCCACAAAAGGAAGCACAACAGGGUCAAGACGUGGACUCGACACGUGGAUCUCUUCCAGAAGGACUUUAUAUUCGUCCCCAUCAACGAGUCAGCUCACUGGUACCUGGCAGUCAUCUGCUUCCCGGGUCUCAAGGGUCCGCUGUACGAGCAGAACCCGCUGAACCACGCCGCGUGUCCAGCCGCCGAGCCCCCGUCAGAGGAGAACCCCCCGGACCAUUGUCGUCCUCUGUCCCCAGACAGAGACGGGCUGGACGGCUCCUCGGUGUCCCCCCGCGUCCCCGAGGCGUCCACAAAAGGGCAGACCGAAGGCCCGGCCGCCAAGGAGAGCGCUGCCUCCACGGAGGGGGGACCGGAGCCCUCCGCCCCCGCUGACGCCGAGCCCCAAUACACAAGUGAGUUGCACAGAAUCAGCGUUAGCUACGGUUCAGCAAAAGGAGACGACGACACCUUCAACUUCUCUGAUGACCAAAGCUCCUGUCAGGAUGAGUGCAGUGAGGACGGGACUCUGCCUGAAGACACGGUCAGCUCUGAUGCUUCCGCUUUGGCCUCCAGUCUAAACUUCUGCAAACAGCCUUGCAUCCUCAUCAUGGACUCCCUGCGAGGUCCCGCCCGCUCCACCGUGGUGAAGACCCUCAGAGAGUACCUGGAGGUGGAGUGGGAGGUGCGUAAAGGGACUCAGCGGUGUUUCGGGAAGGAUGUGAUGAAGGGCUCCAGCCCACGUGUGCCUCAGCAGGAUAACUUCAGCGACUGUGGAGUUUACAUCCUGCAGUAUGUGGAGAGCUUCUUCGAGAACCCGGUUUCCAGUUUCCAUCUGCCGGUGAACCUGUCCGAGUGGUUUCCUCAGCAGAGGAUGAAGACGAAGCGCGAAGAAAUCAAGCAGCUGAUCCUGAAGAUCCAGCAGCAGCAAGAAACGGACAAGAAGGAGUCGGAGCGGGCCCGGGCGCCGCACGGCUCUCCUGCGGAGCCUGAGAUUAAAGAGACUUCUGGGGCGACGGGCCGGACGCCAAACCUACCCAUCAGCCCCUGAAUCAACCCCCCCCUCCCUCCCCUACUCCUGCCCCCGUCACUCCCAGGCCCAGCGGGGGGGCCCAACCUGAUUGUACGCUGCUGGUUUCACUUCAACGUGUCUGAAACUCCCUCCAUUAACCACAGACAUUAAACACACCUUUAAAUUUGUAUUGAAUAAAACAUGAAGUGUAAAUAUGCUGGAGUUUUUCCCGCUGCCUUUGUAAUUUACUGUUUUCUGACGAAUGAGCCCGUUAAGUUAUGUUUCAUAGAUGUUCUUCUCCGGGAGGAUCUGUGCAGAAGACGCUGCUGCUCUCUUGCACCGUUAUUUUUGAUGCUUUCUAGUUGUGUAGACGAAGAAGAAAGAAACAAAACAUAGAGGAAGUUGCUGUUAUUUGUAAGUUAACGAUCCACGACGUCCGGACAAAAAAUAAACUGUUUCAUAAAGUU